AUGGAACAAAACAUAAGUCCUUCCACAAUAGCAGUUGGCUUGUAUACUGCUUCAGAAAAUACAGAUUCUUGUUUGAAACGCCUUGUCACAAAGUCACCAUUAGAGGCUAUGGCACAAAGAUUUGGUCAUGUAGUUCGCGAACUUCAUAUCAACUUACCGUCUCAGAUAAACAAUAGAUAUGAUAGUUUACAGUAUUCUAGUGAUUUCACUAACUUCCCAGUUAAUCCUAGAACUACUUCCUCUUCGUCACUAAUGUAUCCGUAUUUCACUCCCAUCCCUCAACUCCACUACUUCAAUGCUGCAACUACUACUACUACUACCACCACCACCACCACCACCACAGUAACAUCAAUAGCAAACAAUACUAUUGUCAGUAACAUUUUACCGGAUAGUACUCCUCACAGUGUUUCUAAACUUCCUCUUCUAUUAUCGAAAUCAUCGUUUGAUUAUUUCCACUCAAAAUUAUGUGAAACAGUUUCAGUAUCGGAAAAUCUGUCUAAGAUUACGUCAUCUGGUGCAUUAAAACAAAGUUGUAGUGAAUUGCAUAACAUAAAUGACAUUGAUACUAUGACUGGAGAUUUCAGUGAUCCUUUUAUAUCAUCACAUACUUAUUCAUUAAAUUCAGAACAACAUUCUUCUCCUGAAAAACAAAACUUUCGAAACCCAUUAUGCGUUAAAUCAAACCAUUUAAAUAGUUUACAAGAAAAUCAAUUUAAUGGAAUAAAUGAAUGUGAACUGCACUCUGUUGUAAACGAAGCUACAACUUAUGGUUUAAAUUUAUCAUUUCAAAGUGAUAAAAUGACUAAUCGUGAGAGGUUAUACCAUAAUUUUGAAAACUGUCAUCAUGGUUUCUUGAAUGGAACUAAUCACUGUGAUAUGUUGAAUCCAAAUAACUUAUCAAUAUUUGAGUGUAAGAACCACUCAUAUCCCAACAAUUUAAUAAAUUCGAAUCUCUGCCUUUCUAAAUGUGAUUACAUUGAGGCAUAUUCAUCACCAAUGUUCAAUAAUUCUUUAGAAUCAUAUACUUGUCCAGAUCAUUCUGUAAAAUAUCCAGCUUCAUCAUCAAAUAUUUAUUUGAACAAAUCGAUACCUAUGUUUUGGUCAAACGAUUGCAAUAAUCCGAAUGUGAAACCACCAUUUUCCUACAUUACACUGAUUGUUUCUGCAAUGAAUUCAAAAUUAUCAAAAAAGAUUACAUUGAAUGAAAUUUAUGCAUGGAUUAUGCAUACAUUUGCUUAUUAUCGUAAAAAUACAAGAAGAUGGCAAAAUUCCAUAAGACACGCAUUAUCGUUUAAUGAUUGUUUUAUUAAAGUACCACGUCCAUCUGGUGAAGCUGGUAAAGGUUCUUAUUGGACAGUCCAUCCUUUAGCCAUAGACAUGUUUGAUAAUGGUUCGUCAAUGCGACGUAAUCGUAAAUUUAUUGACGAGAAUCGUUAUCGUCAUAAUCAUAGUCAUGCAACUAUACAUAUGAAUGGAAAAAAGUACACAUCUGUUAAAAAUUAUGGAAUUAAUUUAUUAAACCAUGCUCCUCAUUACCACUAUCAAUCACAAAUAAAUAUGAAUAAAAAUGACAAUGUACAAUGGUCAAUUAUGAUUAGAAAAAAUAAUAAUAAUGAUGAUGAUAACAAUAACAAUAAUAUACAAGAUGACCUCAUUUCAGCUCAUUCAAAUUCACGUGGUCAAUAUCAUCUGAACGAAGAUGAUGAUGACAAUAUUGACGGUUAUAUGAAUCAGUUUACUGGAAAAGUGAAACAAUCCACUGUAUACAACAACAACAAUGAUAAUAACAUAAACAGUAAAAAUCAUAAUUAUAAGUAUAACUCUAAAGAUGAUUAUAUAAAAACAAUAACAAUGUUGAACCAAAUAAAAUCUCCUUGUACUACUACAGAGAAAUCAUGGAAAACUUUAUCCAUAUCAUCAGAUACAUUAAACUGUUUAAGCGAUUGCAUUCAUCAAAUAUAUGGUAGUAAUACUAAUACUAACAAUAAUAAUGAUAACAAUAAUAAUAACAGCAAUCAUAAGAAUUCCAAAUAUCUUUUUCCUCCUUCCUUUCAUCACCAUCUUGAUCAUCAUCAGAAGAAUUUACAUUUGGAUGCUAGUACAUUCCAUGACAAUUAUCCUGUUAACGAUUACAAAUGUGAAAUGAUUUUAUCAUCAUCGUUAUCGUCUUCCUCUUCAUCUUCCCUUUCUUUUUCAUCAUCGUCGGCAUUUUCUCCCUCUUCCAUUGCUAUGGCUACUCUCUGUUCUUCACCAACUUCAUCAGGAUUAAUUUGUAAUCCAAAUCAAUAUCACCAUGAUAUUCAAUCACAUAAUACAUUAGAUUAUCAUCAAUAUAUUAAUCAUUACAAAAAUCAAUUAAAUCCUUUAAGCUUGCGAUCGACUUCACUUUAUUAGUGUUUGCUUAUUCCGGGUUUUGAGCUCACGGCGAAAAGUAUACAAACCUAAUAAUACCUCAUAAGGAAAUAUUUAUUCGAAAUGAAUUACAAACACGUUGAGUGAACACCUAAGUGGAUAAGUACUUGAAUUCAUCACUGUGAGUUUGUUUUGACGUUGAUUCCAAUCAAUUGCACGUGGACACAUGAAUGCACUAGAAAGAAAUACACAAACCUUCGUUCUUUAUAGGGUAUGGCUUAACAAGUGACCAAUUGAAUUGUAGUUUUUAUCGCCCACCACGCUGAGUUAGUCUGACCUUGUCUUUAUUAAACUGUUUAUCAAUGAAUAUUGUAACUAUUUUUAACAUGAAUGUUACACAUAGGAUACUCAUUCAUCACGUGUCCCAUAACUGUGUCAAUGUGUGCUAUUCCAAUAUUUUGAAUAUAUUUUUUACUUCUAUACUAUUUACAGUAAUCUGUGUUUCAGACACAGGAUACAGUAAUAAUGACCAAGUUUGUGAUUUAAUAAACUGACUAGACAGUAUUAUUGGAAAUGCCUGAUUAUGAGAUAAUUUUAGGCGUAAUAAAUUGGAGGCAUGCAGA